AGUAGCUUCUGCACAGGCACAAGUUGACCAAAAUAAGAUCCUUCUGAGAAUGCGACAUUUUCUACAUGUGAGAGAAAUAAAUAAGUAAUGGUAGAGAGGAAAAGUGUAAAAGAAGAUAGAAGAAUUUACAUAAUCUUGGUUCAGCUACAAGUUCUGUUUGCUUAUGGGCUUACUGAGCAAGUUUCAAGUUGAGGCAUUUCAGACCUUGUUACUACCCUGGCAACAAAGCAAAUCUUUCCUAUCUUUUUUUACACAGGGAUUCUUUUAUAAUUUUGCACAGAGUAGUAUAAGGAAGCUUUUGCUUGCUCUAAGUUAUUGUGUGGUUAACAGUAAAUUGCAGAGCUGAAUUGGCAAAUCUUACUGGUGCUGCAGUCUCAGUGCUUCUGACUGCAAAAAUGUGAAGGCUGGCAUACUGCUGCUGCUAUGGUCAACAUUAGCAGAAUGAAUAGACUUCAUGUGCCCGAUCUUGUGCUUUUACACUGUAUUGACAGUUGGAAUUAACAGCAGGGAAGAAAAUGUUAAAGGUUCAUAGGCAAGGGAAGCGUGACUGGCUGCCAGUAAUUGGCAGUAACCAUGAUUUAAAAGUCAAAUAAGCAUGUAGCUCCUGAAUGAGCAGAAGCACUCCUGAAGAGCAGUUGUUUAUCUGAAAAAUUAUUCCAAUGGCAUUAUGGAGUUUCUCACUGAAUGUCAUGAUGGUUUCCAGAACUAGUUUUCUUGCUCUGAACACAAAAUGGGGGAGAGAAACCACAUUGCCAAAUCUAAAAGUGCAAUCUGGAGUCUGAAUGAAUGCAAGGUUUUUUCUUUACUCCUUAUGCCUGGUGGGUGGCCAAAAGUAGAGCCUCACUUGCAUCAAUUUGUUCCCCAUGUUGUCAGUAAUGUCCUCAGUGAUUCCUACUCUUGUGCAUGGCAAUUUUUUUACCAGGUAUAAGUCAUACAGCUGGGCUGGUACCCAAGCUAAGGGGAAAUAUAUUGACUGUCUUUGUAUGACAAGCUCUGUCAUAGCUUGUGGCAGUAAAAUUGCAAAGGUUAGAAAUUGACACAGAAUAAUGCAGAAAUGAGGAAGAGGAGACUUACUUCACAGUUAAGUUUCUUAAUUAUACCUUUCAGGAUUUUGGAAACCUUCAAAAAUGGUGUUAUGCUCUUCUAUCACCAUACUCUAUUUUGAACAAGUACAAAUUAAAAUACACAAAUUUGUCUGAUUUGGUACAUUGUCACAUCCAGCAACUGAAGGCAAGACCAGAUAGAACCUUUGGAUUGUGCACACGUGCAUGUCUUUACACUGCUCAGCUUUCUCCCAUACAGGCUGUGCUGUGACAUGUGCAGGGGGAAUAGCAGGCAGAUAUUAUCGCUGCUGAGCCAGUAGACAAGCACAAGAAUAGCUAUCAUGACCGCAGAAAGAAGCGGGGUUUGCUAGCAGGGUAAUGGCAUAGUGAUAUCUUGCUUUGAUCAGAAAAGCACCAGACAUCCCCUGGCCCUAGGAGCACUGAGUGCCAAAAGCUGUCAGACACGAAGUGUACGCUCUGUGCCAUCUGGGACAUGGGUUCUAGGAAAGGGGACACUGGGCUGGUGUAAGCUGCUACUGUGGUAUUGCUGAAGUCCUGAGGCAGGUACAGCUUACACCAUCUGGUGAUCUGCCUGAGUUCAUUAUGGUAGAGGGAUGUCUAGGAUUUCAUUCUCUACGGUGCUUUGACCAUACCCGUCUCCUUUUCCCCUUAAGAGUCAGUCAAAACAAAGCCCAUUUUAAAAGAAAUGAAUGUAGAAAAUGUGAAACGUAAGGAUCUUUUACAGAGUGUCUUUUACAGUGCUGGGACAUAAAACAGAGCAGUGGAAGAUAAGCCGUUAUGUAUGUUGAGGAAGCCUAAGAAUAAAGAUUAUAGGCAAACAGUCUACCUUUCUUUACAAGGCCUUGAUUUACAUCCCUGAAAUCUCAAAUUUAGCUAUUACAAUGAAGUCCUGUUGCUCACAGAGCUGACUUUUUAUCACCACUUAAAAUCUAAUUAAUCCGUAUCGAAGCACAAAGAUUUCUGUUGUAUUUUAGGGUGAGGGGUCAUAGAGCCUUCUUUGUUCAUCCUCAGGCUUGUAAUCAUCAGGCAUUGGGAUAUAAUUUUACCAAGCAAAUUGGAAGGUAACAGAUCAAAUCCUUAUCGGAAAGACUAACUCAUGGUUUAGUGAAGUCCUUCGUCCUUUAUGUGAAACAUUAUAUUCGUGAAGAACAAAAAAGUGUUUGAGAGCUUACAAAGGGUUAAUAGCAAGGGCUUAUAUUUGGGGCAGCAGAGAACUAAAAUCAUCAUAGCUUCCACCACCACUCGAGACAGCAGUUGUUAGAGAACUGCUGGGGCAACCUUCUUCCACAAGCUUUUAGGACUACUCUUACAAUGGCCUUGGUUUAUCGACCAGUGGUGCAAUUAAGUGGCAUAUUAUUAUCUCUGUUGGGAUGGGUCCUAUCCUGUCUCACUACCUAUUUACCUCAGUGGAAAAAUCUUAACUUGGAACUGAACGAACUGGAGAUUUGGACCAUGGGACUCUGGCAAGCUUGUGUUGUCCAAGAAGAAGGGGGAAUGCAAUGCAAGGACUUUGAUUCUUUCUUGGCUUUGCCUGCAGAACUCAGGAUUUCUAGGAUUUUGAUGUUUUUUUCCAAUGGACUGGGGCUUUUGGGCCUCUUGUUCUCAGGAUUUGGGUUGGACUGUUUGAAAAUUGGUGAAAGACAACAGAAUCACAAGAAACGGCUGUUGCUGUUUGGAGGAAUGCUGUUCUGGAUGUCGGGGAUUACAGCUAUUGCCCCAGUUUCUUGGGUUGCCCACUCCACAGUCCAGGAAUUUUGGGAUGAGAAUCUACCAGAUAUUGUUCCCAGGUGGGAUUUGGGGGAAGCAUUAUUUGUUGGCUGGCUUGCUGGAUUUUGUCUUAUACUAGGAGGAUCCCUACUUAACUGCACAAUCUGCUCAACUGAACUCCAUCCAUCUCCGGUCCAUUAUGCAGUAACAGAACAGCAAGAUCAGUGUCAACACUUGGAAACUGAAACUAAGCCUUAAAACCAAAGGCUUUAAGUAGGACAGAAAGAUUGCCCUAUCUUUUCCAAACUCUAGUGCAAGCCAGCAGCUUGUUCAGUA